AUAUCUUGUGAUCCGUUAAGCGUUUUUAUCGGCCUCCCUCUGAUUCCCUCAAUAAACGAUGGCUUCUUCUUCUUCUUCUUCUUCAACUUCGUCCACAGCACCAGCAUGGACUUACGACGUGUUGUUGAGCUUCAGAGGCGCAGACACUCGUCAUGGUUUCACUUCUGAUCUUUAUAACGCCCUAAGACAGUCAGGAAUCCAUGCUUUCAUGGACCGUCCAGGGAUUGAAAGCGGAGACGACAUCUACGGUUCAUUGUUUCAGGCAAUUGAAAGAUCACGAAUUGCGUUGGUUAUUUUCUCUGAAAAUUAUGCUUCUUCCGGGUGGUGUCUGAAUGAGCUGUUGCACAUAAUGGAGUGUCGAACACGUCUAGCCCAGGUGGUUAUACCCAUAUUCUAUGGAGUAGAUCCGUCUGAUGUUCGUCAUCAGACAGGCACAUGUGGUGAAGCAAUGGAACGACACGAGCAAUGGUUCAGAACGAUAGGGAAUACUGAUCGGGUUUUGCGAUGGAGGAAGGCACUCAGGGCAGCUGCCAGCCUUGCCGGCUUUCCUUCAUCAGAAUGUCGGUAAUGUGUUCUAAAACAGUUCUCAUUUGAAGAAAGAAAAGGAAAUGGU